GCGGCGGCGCGGGCUCCAUGAUCGCGCUCCGUCCCUCCUGGCCGCACAGCCGCCCGCCCGGGACCUCCCCGACCCUGCCGGCCCUCCCUCCAGUCCCGGCGUGGCGGCGGCGUUGCCUUUCCCGCCCGAGCUAGAACUUUCGGGGAUGGAAGAUGGAAGACAGAGGGGCUCGUGUUGCUGACUAUUUUGUCGUGGCAGGGCUGACCGAUACUUCGAAACCACUAGAGGAAGAAAUCCACUUCCACGAUGCUUGUCACAAACUUGCUAAACCAAAAGAGCCAAUCACGGAUGUGGUGGUAGUCAUUAAAUCUCUUGGGGAGGAUGUACCCCAUGGAUACAAAUGCAUAGACAUUACUCCAUCAGGAUUGUCGGCGGAUCUCAACAAUGGCAGCCUUGUGGGGCCACAGAUACACCUUUGCUACAGGAGAGGAAGAGAUAAACCUCCACUUACCGACCUGGGGGUUUUAUAUGAUGGGAAAGAGCGAUUAAAACAGGGCUGUGAAAUCAUUCAGUCCACUCCAUAUGGCCGCCCUGCAAAUAUUAGCAGUGGAACCUCAUCGCAAAAAGUAUACAUCACAUACCGAAGAGCCUUGGAGAAUAUGACCCAGAAUACCCUGGCUGUAACAGAUAUAUGCAUAAUUGUACCGAGCAAGGGAGAAACCCCACCACAUACAUUCUGCAAGGUUGACAAGAAUCUCAACAACAGUAUGUGGGGUUCAGCUGUAUACUUGUGCUAUAAGAAAUCUGUGGCGAAAACAAACACCAUAUCCUACAAAGCUGGCUUGCUCUGUAGAUACCCAGAAGAUGACUACGAUUCAUUCCCCUUACCAGAAUCCGUACCUCUUUUUUGUCUCCCAAUGGGGGCAACAAUUGAAUGCUGGCCGUCUAAUAGCAAGUAUCCCCUCCCUGUUUUUUCUACAUUUGUGUUGACUGGAGCUUCAGCUAAAAAGGUGUAUGGCGCUGCUAUUCAGUUCUAUGAAACAUACCCUGAGGAGAAUCUCACAGAAAAACAAAAAUCUCAGCUGGGUUUAGCCGCUACUCCCGACAAGAAAUCAAGUUUCAAAACAGUCCAGACGAACAAAUGCAUCUGCCUUCUUUCUCACUGGCCUUUCUUUGAUGCUUUCAAGAAAUUUCUCACAUUUCUGUACCGUUAUUCCAUCUCUGGUCCUCAUGUCCUGCCUAUUGAGAAGCAUAUUUCUCAUUUUAUGCACAAAGUUCCUUUUCCAUCCCCGCAGAGGCCCAGAAUUUUAGUCCAACUAUCACCUCAUGACAGUUUGAUCCUCAGUCAGCCUGUAUCAUCACCUCUACCACUGAGUGGUGGCAAGUUUUCUACUCUUCUGCAGAAUCUUGGACCAGAGAAUGCAGUAACACUCCUUGUAUUUGCAGUUACAGAACAUAAAAUCCUUAUCCAUUCUUUACGGCCCUCUGUCCUUACCAGUGUAACAGAAGCACUUGUCUCGAUGAUAUUUCCUUUCCACUGGCCAUGCCCGUACAUUCCUCUUUGCCCUCUGGCCCUGGCAGAUGUUUUGAGUGCGCCAUGCCCAUUUAUAGUAGGAAUUGAUUCAAGAUACUUUGAUCUCUACGACCCUCCACCAGAUGUUAGCUGCGUCGACCUAGAUACGAACACCAUUUCACAACCUGGAGAGAAGAGAAAUGUUGCAUGGAAGAUCCUGCCAAAGAAACCGUGCAAAAACUUGAUGAACACGUUAAAUAACUUGUAUCAGCAGCUAGCAGAAUUGCAGCAAAGACCAAGGGAUGACGCGUUGAUGGAACUGGCUAUGAAUGACUAUGAUUUUCAUUCAGGAAAAAAGAUGCACUUAUUGGAUGUGGAGAUCCAGGAGGCAUUUCUCUGUUUCAUGGCCUCCAUACUAAAAGGUUACAGGUCAUACCUUAGGCCCAUUACUCAAGCACCUUCUGAGACGGCAACAGACGCCAGUUCACUCUUUGAACUGCAAGGAUUCUUGAAAAGUCGUGACCGUUCACAUCAAAAGUUUUACACCAUGAUGACAAAGACUCAAAUGUUUAUUCGCUUCAUUGAAGAGUGCUCCUUUGUCAGUGAUAAAGACACAAGCCUUGCCUUUUUUGAUGAUUGCGUAAACAAAGUAGAUACGGAUAGAAUGGGUGAUGCCCGGCUUAUAGAACUGGAUGAGUCCUACAGAAGUGAGCACACUGUCUUCAUAACUCCUCCAGAGAUUCCUCACCUUCCCAAUGGAGAAGAGCUUCCCUCGCAGUACAGUUAUAAUGGCUUUCCUGUGCUGAUGCAAGAGUUGUUUGAGCGGCCUGUGGGACUUUUGAAGAUGCAGAACAGCAAAGCGCCCUCAAAAGCCAGCAAUCCCAACAGCCCACUGCCCAUGUUCAGGAGAACAAAACAGGAAAUCAAGUCGGCCCAUAAGAUAGCCAAGAGGUACUCCUCUAUUCCUCAGAUGUGGUCCAGGUGCUUGCUGCGCCACUGCUACGGCCUGUGGUUCAUCUGCCUCCCUGCCUAUGUCAAGGUGUGCCAUUCCAAAGUGAGGGCUCUGAGAACGGCCUAUGAUGUGCUGAGAAGAAUGCAUGCCAAAAAGAUCGACCCCCCUGAUGAGGUGUGCUAUCGGGUGUUAAUGCAGCUUUGUGGACAGUACGGCCAGCCGGUGCUCGCGGUGAGAGUCCUUUUUGAAAUGAAAAAAGCUGGAGUCGAUCCAAAUGCCAUUACAUACGGUUACUAUAACAAGGCCGUUUUGGAAAGCACCUGGCCUUCAAACAAUCGCAGUGGCUACUUCUUGUGGACAAAAAUAAGGAACGUGGUCUUGGGAAUAGCACAAUUUAAAAGAGUGCUAAGAAAACAACCUGCUAAUGGCAUCCACAAAGCCCUUUCUGGGGAGCAUUUAGAUCUCUUGUACAGGCUGUCCAAAGAAGCAGUCAAACGAGGGAAAGGAACUGUUCAGAAGAAUGGAGAAGCAACCGAAGAGAAGAAAGAGAGUGACUCAAGCUCUUUAUCAGAAGUAGAGAGUGGAAAAGGAAGUGGUGACUGCCUUCCUGCAUUAAACUAUCAACAUUCCAGCAGCGUUAAGCGUGCGUCAAGGAUUGUUCGUGUUAACAGCGCAAUUGGUAAAGCUGCGGAUAUAGCAGGAGAUGUUGACACAGAAAGCCCUGCAGGAUUGCUGUUCUCAUCUUGUUUUGAGGAUAUCAACAAAACAAGAGUUUCUAAAUCUGAACACUUAAGAAACAGCCACUUGGGCGCAGCUGAAUCGGGCCACAGGCGGAUGGUUUGGAGAAACAGGAACCGUAAUCUGAGCGGAGAUGCCCUGUUAGAGCUCAUGAAAAACCGAAUCAACCAAGAAGCAAGUCCUGGAGAGGUUGUUGAAAAGCUAGGUGUGGAUGCAGAAAUCCUUUCUAAAGUGUUUGAGAAGAGAGUAAGACCAAGUACUCUCAACCUCAGACCAUCUUCCUUGGCUCCCAGUAAGAAAGGGGACGUGGAUAAAGAAUCCAGUGAUGAAGAUGCUCCCUUUGAGAAUAGCUUCGCCGACAAAACUGAGUCCCCGGUUAUAUUUGAUUUAGAAGACUUGGACAACGAGCCUGUCUCAGCCAAAACUGUAAAGCCAUUGAACAAAAGGCCCAAGAGGAUUCAGCACGCUAUCAGCUUACCAGUCAAGCCCAUUGAGAAAACCGAUGUCGAAACUGGAUUUGAUCCGUUGUCCUUGCUGGCAGCUGAGACAAAACAGCAGCCCGAGGAUCAGGAAGAAGACGAUGACAAACGUGCCUCAACCCCAUCUGCCAGGCGAGAUUUAGCUGAAGAAAUAGAGAUGUACAUGAACAACAUGAGUAGUCCUUUAACAAGCCGCACGCCAAGCAUAGACUUGCAAAAAGCAGACAGCGACAAGAACGCUCAUAAAAAGAGCCCGACUCCGGCACAACCAUGCCGGAGGUCUAGCCUCCCUCCAAACUCACCCAGGCCAGCGAGCCUUACCAAAUCCAAAAGCUACCAGGUGAAAAAUGAAGAAAGAGUCAGAACCAGACUUUGGUCCUCUCCAACGUUCUCCCAAAACAGUCUAGCACGGGGACAAUCGGAGGAUAUGUCAGGCACAGUAGCACUUUCUUCUCCAACCUCGUUCAACUUGGAUACACUCUUGACUCCUACCUUUGAUGUUCUCAAGAGCAGCAUGUUUUCUGCCGGGAAGGGGGUCGCAGAGAAGGCCAGCAGGUGGUACUCCAGGUUUACGACAUACGCAGGCUCAUCAAAGGAUCAAAACUCGGACCGAGCAAGUGUUUCAUCCCUCGGGGCCCUGGAUUCAGAGUCUGCCUCACUGACCGAUGAAGAUGUGUGCAAUGAUUCUGGAAGCACGUCGUCUCCUCAAGAAAAUGUCUCCUCUGUGUUAAAGGGCAUUGGCCUGAGUAGAUCAAGCCUUGAGAGCUCAGCUUCCCAUAACGGCUCAUCAAAGCGACUCUUGCAAUGUGGCCCUCUUUCCAAAUUCCCUUUGCCAGACAGGUCGGAGCUAUUGUCAUCUUGCAGUACGAGCAGCACAAGCAUGUUCCAGAACUACGCAAUGGAGGUCCUCAUUUCGAGCUGUUCACGUUGUCGAACCUGCGACUGUCUAGUGCACGAUGAGGAGAUCAUGGCGGGUUGGACGGCAGACGAUUCCAACCUGAACACCACGUGCCCUUUCUGCGGAAAUCUGUUCUUGCCUUUCCUGAACAUUGAAAUCCGAGAUCUCCGGGGCCCUGGAAGGUAUUUCUUGAAGUCCAGUCUGUCUUCAGAGAACAUGCAACUUCCACUGCUGCUUUCAGCCCAGACUGGAAAAUCGUGCCUCUCCGAUUCCACUUCUGGAUUUACGGCGUCUCUAAUAUCUGCUCAGGGUGACCUGCAUUCAAACAGCAGCACAAAACAGCCUGACACCCCAUGCGCCAGGAGCAUUCAGAUCCCUUCUGGAAGAAGACAGAGCGCUGCCAGGAGUAAGCACAUCAGCCCUCCCCUGUCCAGAAGCAUCAGCAUGUGUGGUCCCUUGGAGGCGGAGGAAAAGGGGAGCUGCAAGCACGGCCACGUUGUGCCCACCGGGAGCCUGCCAACCACACUGCAGGGCACAGCUGAUCCUUUGGGGUUGGAGUGGCGAUUGCCCAGCCCAGAGCCGAUCACUGUUCCUUAUCUGAGUCCUCUUGUGGUAUGGAAAGAACUUGAAAGUUUGUUGGAGAAUGAAGGAGAUCAUGCAAUCACGGUGGCAGACUUCGUAGACCACCAUCCCAUUGUGUUCUGGAAUCUUGUGUGGUAUUUCAGGCGCCUUGACUUACCCAGUAAUUUACCGGGAUUAAUACUGUCCUCUGAGCAUUGUAAUAAAAAUUCAAAGAUUCCCCGCAAUUGUAUCUCGGAGGAUAGCAAAUACGUUCUUAUUCAGAUGUUGUGGGACAACAUGAAGUUGCACAAAGAUCCAGGCCAGCCUCUUUAUAUUCUGUGGAAUGCCCAGACUCAAAACUACCCCAUAGUUCGUUUGCUGCAGAACGAUGAGAGGUCGUUUAACCAGGAGCUCUUAAGAAGCAUGGUGAAGAGCAUAAAGAUGAAUGAUGUCUAUGGCCCAAUGAGUCAGAUCCUAGACAGAAUGAACAAAUGCCCACAGAUGAAAAGGCAAAGGAGUCUGUAUAGAGAAAUAUUAUUUCUCUCUCUUGUUGCUCUUGGAAGAGAUAACAUUGACAUAGAUGCUUUUGACAGAGAAUACAAAAUGGCAUAUGAUCGUCUUACAGCAAAUCAAGUCAAAAGCACCCACAACUGCGACAGGCCUCCAAGUACAGGAGUAAUGGAAUGUCGAAAAAUGUUUGGGGAGCCAUACCUUUAGAAAUGAAAGGUCGCUGCAGGGUUCAUAUGUUUAAAAAAUACUUCACAUAGGCUCUUCGUCUUCACUUUCUCCACUUGAAAAAGCACCCUCUUUUUCUUUUUUCCUCUUGGGGUAUCAGAAUUUCUGGGUUGGGGGGGGCAGACUAAUACUGGAAUGAAUGAUGUAUAGCAGGCCAAAGAUGGCUCUCUCCACCUUGAUGUUGUCUACAAGCCACUUAGUGGAGAAAUCUGAACAGUCCAUUGAAGAAAGCUUAGGCAGAAAUGGACCAAAACCAUGCACUAAAAUUUGCAUGGAUGAAAUAAGCUUUGCAAAACUGUUUACACUGAAAGGUCAGAGUGUUAUGGAGCGCAUACCUGAGUUGUAUAAUAACAGAUUUUAAAUUAUUUAUAGUGAGUUCAUAUUUUUUUAACUUUCAGAACUGUUACAAUGAAUUAAUUGAUCCCACUGCGUAAGCAAUACUUUUGUCCUCCCUCAGAAUAUUGCUGGUUAUAGCAACUGAUAUUUUUUGCAGAAAGGGUUUUUUCCCCCAACAGUGUAGAAUUUUCGGUAUAGUCCUAGGUUACAGUUGGGCUGUACAUAUUUACUGUCUACAAAAAAAACCCCAUAAACAUGACUGCACAUUUUAGCUGACGGGUCUAGCAAACUUGUAUGAAGCUUUAAUAAUUAGUUGGCACUUUGAAGGAAUCUGGGUCGAAACUGCUGUCAUUCUUUGUGUGGGUCCCGGGAACCAGAAAGUUUUAAGCAUGCCCGAGGGUAUUUGUAUGCCCAGGUACUUUUUGGGCAGCAAGUAUCACAAUCCACUUUGGAACGUCUCUGCAGUGUCAGUGGAGUGUUGCCCUCCACUGACACUGCUGCCCUCCACUGAUACUCCAUGCCUGCUCUUUCUCAAAACACACAUCAUCAUUGUCCUUGGACUCAAUAAACCAAUUGUACAGUUAUUUGAAUCCCAAAGUGAGAGGCUUUUUGGGGGGGAAGGGAGAAUAACAUUUCUGUAUAACAUGGAAAGGAUAAUGUGUGCAAGCUGUGGAUUUAAAGUUCCAAAAUAGAAGGUAGCAAAAUGUGCUAUAGCAAUUACAGGAAAAAAUAUAUAAACUACUUUUAAGAAACACUUUCUACUAUACAGGGCUUUUUUUCUGGGAAAAGAGGAGGUGGAACUCAGUGGUGGAACUCAGGACCGCACAAUGAUGUCACUUUGAGUUAGCUGGAACAAGGGGGGAGUUUUUUAAAGUUUAAAUCACCUUAGGUGAAAAUGGUCACAUGACUCGUGGCCCCGCCCCCUGAUCUCCAGACAGAGGGCAAUCUAAAUUCACCUCUGUUGAGAUCAGGGGACGGGGCCACCGGCCAUGUGACCAUUUUCAAGAGGUGCCGGAACUCCGUUCCACCGCGUUCCUGCUGAAAAAAAGCCCUGCUACUAUAUAUGUUUGAGAAUGUUUUGGUUGCUCAUUUCCAGACUUCAUGAUAAUGUUUUAGUUUUUGUUGUUUAAUCUUCCACUGCUUUUGAUUCAGAGGCAGAGUUUUAGAAAUGUCACGAACUGGGGGACGUUACUGUGUUCUGUCCAUCCAUUUUUAUCCUGCCCUUUCCCCAUUGAGCUCAGGGCAGCCUACGCAUGUCUUUCCCUGCCUCCAUUUUUAUCUGAUUUGCACAUAGGCGUGGUGAUGUUUAGUCUGUUGCCUUCACUGCCAGCUCUCUUUUAUCUCUCCAUUCAGGCUGAGCACCCUAGUUAACAAUUGGUUCUACCCCUUAGCACAGUCACUUUACUCUGAAGCCAGGAUCCAAAGACCUACAUUAAAUAUACUGAAGUGGGACUUUUUGACUUUGACUGUAAACCCAUAGACCCUUGUGGCUUGUGGCAAACUGCUGUGGAAGUUCUCUCUCUCCCCCCAGUGGCUUAAGCGGUGUGCCCCAGCACAUGGGUAGGGGUGGGGGAUGGCUGUUCAGUUGGAAAUUAUCAUGGGAAAACUUAGCAAGUCUCGAAGAAGACUACAGUCCGCUGUGAAGUUCUGUGCAAGUCUUCUUAUGCAAGUGCCAGGAGAACUUCCCAGUACAUUGUGCCCUUCAUUUCCACAGGACUCGUUGCUGUUACCUUGCAAUGAGAAACAAGACUUCCAUGUCCAUACAUUGUGCAAUCCAGCUAUGCCUUCUGGACUAGUGGGCCAGGCCUCUCUGGAAAUCACUUAUCGCGAAGUACCUAGUAAUGUGGCCAGUUGACUUCUGUGUCCCAUACCUGUGUGCUGCUGUAUUCAGUAAGCAAAUACUGUGCAGGGUGGUUGCCACGAAUAUACAUUAAUACUGACUGACUCGUGUUGUGUGGAGAAAGGAGUGCUGGCCAGCCUAUGACAUGCCAUUUCUUGCUCCAGCAAGCUCCCUGAAAGCGGCUGCUUUGCAGCACUUUUAGCUCUGAUGGAGGAACCCUCGGUCCUUCCUGAGCUCUGUCUGUUAAACUGCAAAACAGACCCAUCCUUUAUAUGCACAUCUCUGCAAGUUUUGGGGAGCCAAAAGCAUGAAUGAACUGGAAAACAUUGCUUUGGAGGUGAAAAACACAUGUUUUCCGUUGUGUAUUUUUUGCAGAGUAGGCCCUAGAUCUCUCUCUCUCUCUCUCUCUCUCUCUCUCUCACACACACACACACACACACACACACAUUCUACCACUUAACAUUGCAAUCAUCCUGCAUUCUGAUCUGCUAAAUUUGGUGGAAUAAUUCUCAGAGGAGGGUAUCCACAUUGGAUUGGACCUGAGAUCUUCAGCACACAAAUCAUGUGCUCCACAACUGAGCUGUGGUCCCUCGGAUAAUUGAUAGAAAUCUUGUCAAGGUACUGUUUUCUUGCUAAGGCAUGUAUUGUGCAAUCAUAUCCUGACUGUUCUAUGAAAAAAACGCCUAACUCUUCUGGUCAAAUUAAACUGUGAUGAUAAAAUCUGAUUUCAUUUUGCAGGACAAGGGUUUCCCAAAAUCACAGUCAAGUGAUGAAAUUAAUUUCCAGACGUCACAUUCACGUUUUAAAAAAGUUCAGCUUUUCAGUUUUACAUUUGUUUAUUACUAAAAGGCAGUUAUAAAACCUUUUCCUUCUGUAUAUAAUAGUGAUUUGUUCAAAUACUUGGAAACAAUUCUGUGUUUCUGUUGUAAAAUACGCAAUGCCUUUUGUCUGUUUGUGUCAUGGAAUCGACAGAGGAAAAGACACCUAUUUUAAGGUGGAAGAGAAUUGUUUCUCAAGUAUUCACAGUGUCCCUGCAAUGUUAGGUUUGUUUAUUGUACAAAUGUGGCUUUAUUAAGUAUAUGACUUUUUAUAUUUCAGUAGGAAAUACUUUACCCCAAAGACAGAAAUAAAUAUUCAUCACAUGUAAAUCCGUGUGUGUAUAUAUUAUAAAAUAGAAGGGACAGUUUCCUUGAGAGAGCUUAUUUCUGGAAAAUACAUCCCCAUCCACAUUUCAAAAUGAACACUUCAUUUGCAAAAGAGCACUUUCACAAAUGAAUGAUUGUAGAUUUGUAAAUAUGUAAUGUUUACAUUUUAUUUACCAGCAAAGGACAUCAGAUUAAGUGUUUAUUUUGUUUUGUAGGUCAAUUUUAAGCUGUAUAUGUCAAUGUUUACAAUGGAAAAGGUGUUUCCUCCCCUGAAACAUUCAAAGAAUAAAACGGUUCUAUUUAAACUUUUACAAUGGAUCAAUAAAAAA